GUGAGGGGCGGCAAUGAUAGCAAUCCAAGCGCUCACAUCUCGCCAUCCAAUUCAACAAAUCCUAGAAACGAGGCGUCCGUUCGAAACAAUAACACGAGGGGUAUGCCUUCCGGACAAGACCUACGGCCCCACAACUCGAGAGGUGACGGCGGGCCAGGAGGUCAUGGGUCUAAUCCACGCGACUAUUCGAUUGGAAUCAAUGAACAGUUGGCUUUGGCUGUAAUUAGACUCCAGCAGAGCAUGGAUCAGGUGGUGAACAGACUGGACGCUCUCGAAUCGAUGCUAAGUCGAGAAACUCGGAACAAGUCGAGUCCCAAAAAUAAGUCAAGCGUUUGGCCGUUUGAAGAGCUCAGACCCCAAACAGCACUCGUAUUACUAGUUUGGCCUCUUGUGGUCCAAUGGAUCGUUCAAUACAUUCAAUUCAAAAGGCGUAACAAAUAGAAGAAAUGAUUAUAAUUUUUAAAUUAUAUAAACA